AUGCAAACGCCGGGUAUGCUGUAUCACGGCUACGAGGGAGGGACAAUGACAGAUCAAAUUGGCGACGAUGUGAACACCCAUGCAGUUCCGCCUUCUUCUAGCUUCACAGCCAUCAACCAGCAACCAGCGCAGCUCUUGACACCUCAGUCUUCAGCAUCUUUACCUAUCCAGCAGAAUCAGUCACGCCGCAGAGCCGCCGGUAGCGGACGACGGAGUCAUAAUCCUGCAGUCGCUCAGUACCUUGGUCUUGGCAGUACGGAUGAACCCACGCAUCUUGAGAAAUAUGCCCCUCUGCCAGCUGUACGAGAAAGUCCGCCUCCGAAGCCAGUACGCAAGCGACGGAGGCUGAAAGUUUGCGACGACUUCCUCGGUAAUUCACAGACGAAUACACCUGAAAGUGACAUGCCGGACCGGCAAAGUAUCUCACAAAGUUCUCGUGUGACAAAGCCUAUUCGCAAACCUGCAAGAUCAAAUCCCAAAGCUGGAGUCAAUGCGAAUCCACAGUCACAGCUAUUGACUGCUACGGCCCUUGAGACGGCAAUCGCCAGUGACGUCCUUUCACAUCAUGCCGAUCAGGUCCCAGAAGAUGUUCCUCGAGCAUAUCCAGCGGCACCAUCCGCGCUGACUGCUAGCCAAGAGACCGUGUCAGCGUCACCUACCGGGGAUUUGACUUUACAGCGCAAUGACGAUUCCGACUCUGGUGUUGAUGACUUUGACUUCGAUAUUGACGACGAGGAACUUUUGAUGUUGACGUCUGAGGUUGACAAACUGUACCCUGACAGCACUAACAGCCCUGUGAGCUCACCUCAAAAGACAAGCAACGAAAAUGAUGACAUAAGUGAGCUCAAAAGUUCCAUGGCCAACACUUCUCAGCGCCCCUCAAAGCCGUUCGUCUCUCCAGUAACUCCUACGACUCGACUACUGGUCGCGGCUAACGAUGUGGGGUCUGCAAAGGCCCAAAAGCCUAUUGUUAGACCGCCUUUUCCUGAGCCUGUCCGUGACCGUUCGCCCAUCAUAGGUCUUUCGUCAAACACUCGACUAAAGACAUGCUUUCGGAUUGGCGAGGCGAUCAAUCAGAGCUUCCAAGCAGCCAAGUCUGGAUACCAAAUCAUCAUUGAGCUAUACGCCAGGGUGCUUGCUUCGGAACGGACUGGCUCCGAGCAGAAAUUCACGUUUUGCGAUCUCUUCCAUGCCAAACCGCCGUAUGUCACGGGUAUGUACACAGCCGCUAUUUGGAAGCCAGUUCAACUCUUUGAGUAUGAUGGUCGCCGUCUUCUACAAGAGGGACGGAUGUGUCGGUGCAUGGGCACCAUGAAGCGCGAUGGGAAGGAAUGGAGGCUGACGGUACUCAACAUAUGGGAGGCGACGUGGGAGGACAUUGAAUGGGUAGAAGGGAUCGUGGGCGCUUAA